CUUUUUUGUUCGCUUUACCUCUUGGAAAAAGUAAUUUUUAGAUCUUAUUUGCAGUGGGGGUAUUUGGUUCUUUCCAUCAGAAACUAUGAUGUGGUGUGCAGCUAGCUUUUUUUGUCUUCCUUUUUUGUAAUUUGAAUGGUCAGUCUGCAUGAUUUAUUAAUAUUGCAUUUUUUUCAGAGAUGGCACUUGUCCUCUUUUAGAAAUACUAUAAUCAUUCUUCCCCUGCAAGCCCCACUGCUGGUCUCUGCAGCUGUAUGUCUUUCCCCUUCUGUGUUCAUUCAUCCCUAGCAUUUUGGGUGCUCAUAUUAAGACUUAUGAAAAGGAGAGCCUUGUUAUGUGGGAUGAAUAAAGACUGACUGAAUAGGGGUGGGGUUUUGUAAUCUUAAAACCCUAGGUCCUUCACAGGUGAUAUUUAAAAAUAAAAGAAGACCUUUGGCCUCUGGUUUGUUUAAUGCUUUCUAUGCCCCAGUGUAAAUUUGAGAUAAGUAGUUCUUAGGUGGUUCCCCCCCCCCCCCCAAAUUCUACAACUGCCUAUUGAAGCAAUAUCUCUUAACAGGAUUUCAGUGUACUUUUGCUCUUCUCCUCCCCUGUGUAUUCAUCUUCUCCCUCCUUUUUCUUUCUUGAAUUGGAAAUAGCUCCGUGUCUCAUAUGCUCUGGAUAUGCAAGAAAAACUUACUUUUUCCAGGGUUAUUGGAUAAGUUGAUUUGGCAUGUAUUCCAGCCUGAAAAAGGAAAAACACGAUUGUAUGCAAUUUCACUAUUUUGUGAGGCAUGGGGAAAUAAAUCUUCCGUUAGCUGUUGGUGCAGGAAAGCAAAUGUUUGUUUUCCCAUGACGCUUUGUGAUCACUAUAAUGAUGUAUAAAUAAUCUGCCCUUCUUGCCUCCUCCCCCCCAUUACAUUUUAUAUAGGUACAGAAUUCCCCCUCUGCAGAAUUUUCCAAAUCAACAUUGCAAUAAUCUGUUUCAGUAAUUUGAGACAAUAAGAUGUAAAAAUGAAUAAAUAGCUCAAAUUACAUUUGUUUUAUUUUUAUCUGUCUUCCAAGAUUAGUUUGAAGAGCUUAUUAAUCAAAAUUUUUCUCCCUAGAGUAGCUUGUGAAAACUGAGAUGUAUUUUUUAAUUUAUUUUUUCAUGAGAAAAGGUACAUGAGAAAUCAGAAAUGUCUGAAAACUGUGUUCCAGUUUUAUUUUACUACCUCAUCUGCUCACACACCCUGCCCUGUAGUCUCAAAACACUUGAGAGCUGUUGUAUAACACGUUAUUUUCAUCUGGUGUCUUACUUUAAUAAUGAGUUUGUUACAUUAUUUGGAACCUGUGAGCUUUCUACUGGGAAGUAUCCUUCAGUUUUAGACUUUUUUUUGUAGGACUUACUUUGGGAUUUCUUAAUGGAUGCAUGUUUCAUUUUAAAGAUAGAUCAUAAGCUUAAAACAAGGGUAGGUACUGGAGUACAUUUAUGAAAAUGUAAGAAAUUUUAAGAAAAGCAAGAGUUUGUGCAAAUUUCAUUAUGCAGAAUAUGAAUCUGAUACUGGUCAUUCAGGUCUCUAACUUGAUUUGGAGUACUCAGUAUUGCUGUUGCUGAUCUGCUCAAGUAACACGAGAGAGGCAUUUAUUUCCCAUGCCUUGCCAACUAAACAUACAGGAUUUCAGAUGCAUGCCAGGUUCACACUGAAUGCCAGAAGUAGAGAUCCCUACAGAUGGAGCCCCAAAGUCAACAUGGCAGUGGCGGUUCAUUAGUUGUGAUCCAGCAGCCUUCCUUGGACAGCAGGCAAAGGUUGGACUAUGAAAGAGAAAUUCAGUCGACUGCUAUCUUGUCAUUGGACCAGAUCAAAGCCAUAAGGGGCAGCAAUGAGUAUACCGAAGGCCCAUCUGUGGUGAAAAAAUCUGGUCCACGGACAGCACCAAGACAAGAAAAGCAUGAAAGGACUCAUGAAAUCAUACCAAUUAAUGUGAAUAAUAAUUAUGAGCACAGACCCAGCCACUUGGGACCCGUGGCACACCAACAUAACGUAAGGGCUCCUGUGUUGAGCAGAUCAACUAGCACUGGAAGUGCGGCUAGUUCUGGAAGCAACAGCAGUGCUUCUUCAGAGCAGGGGUUGUUGGGAAGAUCGCCCCUAUCUAGGCCAGGUUCAAGCCACAGAUCUGAAAGGACAAUCCGGACGCAGCCCAAGCAGUCAUCUUUGAUGGUAGAUGAUCUGAAGGGUCCCUUGAAAGAGGACUUGACGCAGCACAAGUUUAUCUGUGAACAGUGUGGGAAGUGCAAAUGUGGUGAGUGCACAGACCCAAGGGCCUUACCUUCUUGUCUGGCCUGCAACAGGAAGUGCUUGUGCUCUGCAGAGAGCAUGGUGGAGUACAGUACCUGCAUGUGCCUGAUCAAAGGGAUCUUCUAUCACUGUUCCAAUGAUGAUGAAGGGGACUCGUAUGCGGAUAAUCCCUGCUCUUGUUCCCAGGCACAUUGCUGUUCUAGGUACCUGUGCAUGGGAGCAAUGUCCUUGUUUUUGCCUUGCUUGCUCUGCUAUCCUCCUGCUAAGGGAUGCCUGAAGCUGUGUCGUGGGUGUUAUGACCGGAUCAAUCGUCCUGGUUGCCGAUGUAAGAACUCCAACACUGUCUAUUGUAAACUGGAGAGCUGCCCAUCACGGAGUCAGGGGAAGCCCUCAUAAUUUUGGAGGGAGAUUUCACUUUUUCAAACACUUGCUUUCAGGUUGUGGCUAAUUUUCUGUUUGUGUGGGGAUUUACCCCCGCCCUCAUUCCCUUCCUUCUCCACUUUAUGUACCCAAGUUUUUUCCUUUGCACCCUCCAUAUCCCCUCUCUCAACUCAGAUAGGUGUGGAGUAUUUUACUCAGUCAUGUUUAUUUCAGUCUUUGGUAAGCAUGGACUGUGUGCCUGCAUUUGGCACCUCAGCUUGACAGGGCCUCUUAGGUUUGUAAGUAACCCACACAUGAAAGAGACAGUGAGGGCUAAUGGGCUUUUCUGCAGCCUCUUGCUCUGCAAACAACUUCCCCAAUGUGUCCUUUUGUUCUCUGCAAUUGUGUCUUUUUGGUUCCAAGAAAUAAUUCUACCUUAUUUCAUGAGCAAGCUGGAUUAAUCUUGAGGGGGUUGGAACCAUAGAAAAUAUAAGGCUGGCUUUUACUCCACAGUGCAAAGAACCUGCUUUUCCCUCUGUUCCCCAACCCUGCUUGGAAUUGUCUCAGUCCAGAGACUUGCCUGGCUGGUACAUUUUUUUUUCUUUCUUUUAAAUGUAGUUUUGGUUUUUGCUUCACUAUAUAGAUCUUCACAUUGGAGACAUUAUGACUGCAAUUCAUUCAUCUGUUUCUUUUGCUUUCAAAUCUGUGAAGGACAUCACCCACUCCACCCCUUCCCCCAUGUUUCUGUGGUCAUUGAGAGCCUGUUGAUACUGAUGUUAAAGUUAACAGGUGUUUGCAUAUCUGAAUAAUCUUCAGGUGUCAUUGAAUUAAGUUACCUAAAUGUUCCUGGAUCUUUAACACUUCUCUUAUUCCCUUGGUUAGUGAAUUUAGCGCUGCCUUGUGCUUCAUAACUUUAAUCUGUUCCAUGUUUUAUUGCCUUAGCCACAAAUUGUGGUCUUUUUUUGUAUAUUUUAUGUAUAAAACACAAAGUUGAAUCCUGACUAUUUUUAAGACAAAAGUCUGUUUAAAACUUUUUUAUUGUAAAGAAUAUUUAUUAUUUGAAUCUCUAUUAUUUUAUGAUAUUUAUUACAAAGGACUGUUUGAAAAAUGUACUCAUGUCUGAAUAUAACAAAAUAUCAAUACUUAACAAAAAUAAGGGUGACAAAGAAAGUACGUAUGUUAACUAUAAUGCAGAAAAUAUAUUAAUUAAUGAAAAUGUCUCUUGAGUUUUUCAUUUUAAUAUACUGGUAGGUUGUGUUAUGAUUUCCAUGUCCAUAUUGCAAAGUGUCUUGCUAUUUUUUUUUUCUCCUUGUGCACUGCCAGGGCCAUUG